UGGACCUGAGUAACAACGACCUUCAGGAUUCAGGAGUGGAGCUGAUGUCUCCUGGACUGAAGAGUCCACACUGCAGACUGGAGACUCUCAGGUUGAGUGUCUGUUCAUUGUCAGAGAGAAUCUGUGAAGCUCUGUCCUCAGUUCUCAGCUCCCAGUCCUCUAGUCUGAGAGAGCUGGACCUGAGUAACAACAACCUGCAAGAUUCAGGAGUGGAGCAACUGUCAGCUGGACUGAAGGGUCCGCACUGCAGACUGGAAACUCUCAGGGUGGACCAUGGUGGACCACAGAGACUGAGACCUGGUGUGAGGAAGUAUGUCUGUGAACUGGAACUGGACACAAACACAGUAAACAGAAGACUCAAACUGUCUGACAAUAACAGGAAGGUGACACGUGUGAGGAGUCUCAGUCAUAUCCUGAUCAUCCAGACAGAUUUAACUGCUGUCCUCAGCUGCUGUGUAGAGAUGGUCUGACUGGUCGCUGUUACUGGGAGGUCGAGAGGAGAGGAGAGGUUAUUGUAUCAGUGAGUUACAGAGGAAUCAGCAGGAAAGGAAACAGUGAAGACUGUGUGUUUGGAUGGAAUGAGAAGUCCUGGAGUCUGGUCUGCUCUGAUGAACAUGGUUACUCUGUCUGGCACAAUAACA